AUGCGCCGACUUGUCACCUAUGACGUGAGUGGGAAGUGUGCCUCUCGACUUGGCCUGAAUGCAGCUCCUUGCUGCAUGGGAGACUCGUGCCUGAGGCAAUCAUGGCGCGGCCAGCGCCGUGGCUGGAAGUCUGCUGGCUGGCACGCGAACUCAAUCCACGCAGUCUGCCCAGGUGUGUGUGUUUGUCUGGCGUGGCGGACUGGGUUCCAAUGGCGCCUUCUUCAUGUGGCCUCUAUGACACUCCCAAUGCAUGGGAUGCGAGUCGGGUGUGGCGGCACGUCUAGGGGCCGCUUCGGUCGCGCCAGCCUCAAUUCUCAAUUCUUGUUGAUGUUGUUGUUCAAAAACCCGGUUGUUUGCUGUGUGGACCAGGGGGUGUGGAGUGGAACGCCAAGGUCCGGGUUCGACCGCGCCAUCUGCCUGCGCCCUCCCCCACCUCCGGUACUCUGGAUCCUGUCUUGAUGUCAGUUUGUCCUACCCUGGAAUGCUUUUGUCCGUUCGCUUUGCCCUAGUACUCCUCAACACACCUGAUUUGGCAUGAUGUUGUAAGGUCUCUGUUUCCUCCUAAAAAACACACACACUGAUGAUGGUGACCGUGAUCGAAAACUGACACUUAGUUCCAUCCGAAACUACCGAAUUUGUGACACAGGUGCCCGCAAAAACUAUCUCUUAUUUUCCAGCAGAAAAGUGGAUCUCUUCUGGACGAAGCGUAGGGUCAGGAAACAUUUUAAUCACCUUUCUCAAUUUCACGUCGGAUGUAGAGAAGUAGAUUGCUUCUCUUACUUGACAGUAUACACUGUUCUUGACUUCCCUACGACAUUUAGAAACAAUAUUUUCGAAAUUAAAAUGGUGGAAAAAGUUAGUACAUUCAGCGCCGUACAUACUGUACUUUUUCCAUAACGAAUUGUCCUUUCGUUCUUCAGCCAUGUUACGCAGUUCUGUAUUUUUGCACAAUGUCAGAAAUGUCUUAUCAGACAGAGAAGACGUGAGUCGAAUACAAGAAGGUUCGCCCAUCAGCGUAUUUUCAUUUAUCACAAAAGACGGUCCAGUAAUGCACGCCAAAAAUCAGAUGACCACCUGGAGUAUUUUGCCAGGCUUUUUAUGCAAGAAUCAUAAAUGCCUCCAUGCAACUUGUGCUACAGCGCCAACCGGAAAUACGAUUGGGAAUAUGAUAGAAUUAAUUAAGGCUGGUAUGAAACGAGGUGACACUUAAUCUAGUUAGAAUACACUGGUUGAUUAUGUUAGCCCAGUGUCUCUAGACUCUAGGAUUUAUGAUAUCUCCUGCAUAUCAUGCGCCGCUGUGCGGCUGCUGGUUGGGCUCGAGAAAGAAAGCCGUUAAGGCAUAACGCAACGAGUGAGUUCCGUAUGAACGAUCGGUGAGCGCCCCCUACCAUUGUAUAUUCCUGAUAAAAAACCGACAGGAAAACGAGCUCGUGACCCGGUGGGUAGUGGCGUUGGACUUCUAACUAACAGGUCGCAAGUUCGAUCCCCAGGUGUUCCACAUUUCGGGCUUGGGUAUGGCUGGCUGACGACGGCUAAUAAGCCAGAAAUGGCCAUUCCAGUCUCCCUUGUCUUUGACAGUAAUAGCAUUCUGGAAUUAUAAUUGCCUCCAUGCAACUUGUGUUACAGCACCAACCGGAAGUACGAUUGGGAAUAUGAUUGAAUUAAUUAAGGCUGGUAUGAAACGAGGUGACACUUAAUCUAGUUAGAAUACACUGGUUGAUUAUGUUAGCCCAGUAUCUCUCUACUCGAGGAUUUAUGAUCUCUCCGAUUCCGAAGACUGAAGAUUUUCCCCUUGGUUUUCUUGGUUUGGUGCCCGUUGUGAAGACUGCCUUGGUUUACUCUAGCGAAAAUCACUUAGGUGAUAGCAAGUGAUUUUAUAUGGCUUGGAAGAACACAAUCAGUGGAUUGCUCUCAUACUGGAGGAAAUCCAUCCAAUCUGCCCAUGUCUUAAAACUGCCACACACACACCGGCCCGCAAGGAAAGCUAAGCGUUACUGAACUUUUCUUUUCAUUUUCCCGCGGAUUUGACUGUGUCGGCGGCGUACUACGUGUGGAUACGGGUCGUCGCUAUUCCACCGGUGACGGCAAGUUCUUCUUCCUCUGUUCGCCCACCAAGGGCCAGCCAGUGGACGCCCUUGGAGCUCAGAUCCGACAGCUUGCUCUGGGGGCCAAGCAGCGCCUUCGUCAAGAGCAGGCCGCCAAGGGACAGGCUGCUUUCACCAAGACGAUGUCCAACUUCUUUGCCACAGCCAUCGACUAUCCUGGCAUCGGCGCCAGCUCACGACCUCUGCCAGUUCCGCCCAAAUCCUCUCACGACGCUGUUGGGAGUGAAAAAGCGAGUCGGACGAGUUCAACUUCUCGACCCGUCGUCCUCCCACCAUCACAACUCCCUGUCGAUGUCGUCAAAAAGGGGAGUGCUGAGUUUCGGGUGAAUCAGGGCUCAUCGGGUGGUUCAGCCCCGGCGGCUGUGUCCGAUCGUGUCCAGGAGACCGAGGUUGAUGCGGUGGGGGAUGAUGGGCGCCUAGAUUCAACUGAGGGACAGACAAAGUGUGGAACUACUAGAGCUGUGGAGCGCUGUCGGUGA